UGGAGGCGCAUGCGCAUAGCCCCAACACCUUCUCCUUCCCUCCCUCCCUCUCCAGCCUUUUCCUUCUGUAAAACUUUUUUUUUUCCCCUAAACAUUUUCAGAGAACUCGGCGCUGAAAGGAGCCUGGAGAGAUCGAGCGCGAGAGACAGAGAGACAGGGAGACAGGCACAGGGAGAGAGAGACAGACAAGCAGACAGACAGAAAGAGACGCAGAGAGACCGGCCAGGAGAGAGGUGGGAGGGCAGAGCAGACCAUCUCCCUCCUUCCGUGCCCAGGGAUCUUGAAGUUGGUGCUGCAGCCGCGGCAGUUCGGGCAGCAGCAGCGGCGGCGGCGGCGGCUGCAGCAGCAGCAGCAGCAGCAGCGGCAGCAGCAGAGGUAGCGGCAGCGGCGGCGCCUAGCCCACGGAGCCAGCGCCGGAGCGCGGCAGCCACAGGAGCUGCCGCCGGACACGCCGCCACCCAGCGCUUGCGCUUCCCUUCCUCCUCCUUCUCCCCGGCCAACGGCGGGGUCCCCGCGGCUUGUGCCUGAAGCCCCCGGAGAGCCGAGCUGCCAGAGAUCGCGGAGCCCCGCCCCCACCCCUGGCCUUUAGUCCCGGUUUUCUUCAUCUGCGUUUUGAGAAAAUAACUAUAACAACCAGGAGGAGGAAAGAGGGGGCAAUUAAAAAGAAGAAGGGGGGGUAGACUUUUCCCACUGGCCACCCCAGGGCCACGGGUCCCAGCCCUUGAGAAGCCGAGCUGAGUUCACCUUUGUAACUUUUUCUUGGGACUCCUUUCCGAAAGUCGCCCCAAAAUGAAAGGACCGAAGCAGGGGGCGUCUCAUCAUCCUCGGACUGUUGCGGUUCUUGCUACAUCUCCAGAAGAAAAGCCCGGCGUGCCCGAUUGUUGGGUCGCGUAAAAUCUCUCUGUGUGUGUGUACACACAAACGUGCACACGGACACACAGAAGCGCGCGCGCCCGCGCGGGUCCACACACACACACACACACACACACACACACACACACACACACACACACACACAUAUACACACUCGGCGCGGCCCAAGGGACUAGAGCUCCGGUGCGAAUGGUUCGGCCCCAGAACCGGGGAAGAGUCCUAGGGGAAGACAGAAGUGCCUGAAGCCAACGCAAACCGCGGUGGAGACCCGGGGCACCUGGGUGCAAGGAUCGCUGCCCUCGGGGCAAGUGUGUGUCGUGGGGGCGGGCGGGCGGGGAAGCGGGGGUCUCGCCCCCUCGUGAAAGCCUCUUUUUUUGUAUUUGUUGUAAAGUGUUUCGCACAAUCACGCCCACAUUUGGGGUUGGAAAGCCCUAAUUACUGCCAUCUCUGAUGGACGUUGGGAACCCAGCCAUCAGAAGAGCGCAGCUCGGCUCCCCAGUCGCCAAGGCGCUAGCGCAGGACCCAGCUCUCUCUCCGCCCGCCUGGCUGCCAGCGUCGGGCCCGGACUUUCUCCGCACCCCGAGCUCGAGGGCUACCCCAGCGGCCCCGGACGCGGUGCUGGACAACCAAGGCCCCACGGCCAGCACUCUGGGCUCCGGCGCGAACUCCCGCUGGCGCUGCAGCUGCUCCCGCAGCCGGCCGGCCCUAUUUCCGAGGAGGACACCCGCCUUGGACUGUGUUGUCCCGCCUGGCCCAACGCCGUUCAACUGGGGAUUCCUGGGUUGCUCACCCUGAGCUGGGGACUUCCAGCCAUCGCCAGCCCCCUUUCCCCCUGAGCCAUGGAGAAGGCGCUUGGAAUAUUGGUCCACCAGGGAGGUACUCUGGGAUCGGCGGGCACUGCCACUGCGAUGCCUUCGAAGUUGUCUCUAGUGGCCUUGGCCAUCUUCGUCUCUGUUACCCAAGUUGUGAUAGAGGCCAGCUCGUGGUGGUCAUUAGGCAUGAAUAACCCUGUUCAGAUGUCAGAAGUCUAUAUCAUAGGAGCUCAACCCCUGUGUAGCCAACUGGCAGGACUUUCUCAAGGCCAGAAGAAACUCUGUCAUCUCUAUCAAGAUCACAUGCAAUAUAUUGGAGAAGGAGCAAAGACGGGCAUUAAGGAGUGCCAGUACCAAUUCCGACACAGACGCUGGAACUGUAGCACUGUGGAUAACACGUCCGUUUUCGGAAGGGUCAUGCAGAUAGGGAGCAGGGAGACAGCCUUCACGUACGCGGUCAGCGCGGCCGGAGUGGUGAACGCCAUGAGCCGGGCCUGCAGGGAAGGCGAACUGUCCACCUGUGGCUGCAGCCGGGCCGCCCGGCCCAAGGACCUGCCCCGGGACUGGCUCUGGGGAGGUUGCGGGGACAACAUCGAUUACGGGUACCGCUUUGCCAAGGAGUUUGUGGAUGCUCGGGAGAGGGAGAGGAUCCACUCGAAGGGCUCCUACGAGAGCGCCCGCACCCUGAUGAACCUGCACAACAACGAAGCCGGGAGGAGGACGGUCUUUAACUUGGCAGAUGUGGCCUGCAAGUGCCAUGGGGUGUCCGGUUCCUGCAGUCUGAAGACCUGUUGGCUGCAGCUGGCUGAUUUCCGGAAAGUUGGGGAUGCCCUGAAGGAGAAAUACGACAGUGCUGCUGCUAUGAAGCUCAACAGUCGGGGCAAACUGGUGCUAGUGAAUAACCGCUUCAAUAUCCCCACAACCCAGGACCUGGUCUACAUCGACCCGAGCCCAGACUACUGUGUGCGCAACGAGAGCACAGGGUCCCUGGGCACGCAGGGCCGUCUCUGCAAUAAGACCUCGGAAGGCAUGGAUGGCUGUGAGCUCAUGUGCUGCGGCCGAGGCUAUGACCAGUUCAAGACGGUACAGACAGAACGCUGCCACUGCAAAUUUCAUUGGUGUUGUUAUGUCAAAUGCAAGAAAUGCACUGAGAUCGUGGACCAGUUUGUGUGCAAAUAGCGGGGUUGCUGCCUCCUGCAGGGGGGCGCCCUCUCCACCCCAGGACCAUCUCCACUUUAUUUAUAGAGCUCAAUGAUGUCCUCCCUUCUCCCCACACCCCCAAACCCCAGUUGCAAAUAGAAGCAACUAGAACCAUUUUCUGCUCCCCAUCCAAGAACUAUGUGGUUUACUAUUGUUAUUAUUAUUAUUAUUGUUAUUAUUAUUAUUAUUUGGCAAAAAAUGAGGGGGAGACCAAGGAAAUAUUUAUUUUAUGGGGAAAAGGUGGAAAUGAGACUUCUGAUAGUGUAGAAGGAGGGGGAAUCAAACCUAUCCUAACAUGGAACACAGCUCACAGAUAGAAGGGAAAGAAAAAGGAAGCUUCAUCUCCUGGUGUCUCCUUCCUUUGCUCUGAGACUCCUUGCUCACUCACUAGAAUCCAGAUGGGACACAGUGGAUGGAGGGCACCUCUGGUGACUUAGGAUCCUUAGCCAAAUGGAAUCGUUGCCCGUUAGAGAUCCCUGAGAAACCCCACCACAGGCGCCAUGAGACCAGCGUUUGACUUGGGAUGGGGGGGUUGCAAACUCUUUCUUCUUUUCCAAGGGGGACAGCCUUGAAAUGGAGCAGAGAAGACCUAGCAUCUCUCAGGGGGACACGGUGCCUGAUGGGUAUUUUCGUUCCAGCUGCCUAACACGUUUUGUCAUUGAACAACUUUGGUCUGAUCUAGGAGAGGGAAGGUGAAAUAAAUACCUUUAAUGCCAAGAGCAGGUCAAUAGUUUGAAACCCUGUAAAUAAAUCCCAUUUGUGAGAUGGAAGAGACUCCCCCCAACCUCCAGGAAUCGUAUGUUUUUCCAAGGGCAUCUUCUCUCCUCCCCUUUUUUUAAUUUAAAGGAAAAACAAAGCAUUUCCCUUAGAAGCACCUGGUUAACAAGUAACAGAUAGGAGUGGAACAAGCAAGAAUUGCAAUGUCCCACCUGGCCCAAGCUCGCCAGAAGGCCUCUGUCCCGUGGCCCACAACUGGGAUGGCCCUGCCAGAAAAAGUCAUUUCCGAAAACCGGUUUCCCCCUGAUCCGACCCCCAGCCCUCCCUGAUCCUGGGCUGUGAUCGCUGGCCGCCUUCCCCAAAUGCAACUCUGCAUCUCUCCCCUGUGAUUUUUACAAGAGGAAAUGAAUCAUGUGGGCCACCUUCUGAGAACUCUGGAUUCCUGGUGGACUUUCUGUAAAGAGUCUUAUUUGGAGGAGACGAGAGUUUUAGAUUUGAAUGAUUUUUAUGUGGCUCAUUCCCUUCAAGGAGGUGUUACAGCAAUACACGUUAUGACUGUGUUUAGAAAAUACCUUCUUACCUCUUGGAAUAGCCUGCAGGUAGACAGACAGACACUCCAGGGAUUCAGAUAGGAACUGAGCAGCGGCGUGGAGGUGGGGAAUGUGGUCUGAUGGUUCCUUAUAUCGCAAAGUUUUUUUUUGUACAUAAUAUAUAUAUAAUAUACAUAUAUAAAUAUAAAUAUAUCUUAAUACAGCCAGUGAUCAGAACUUUUACCAGCUUUCUGUGGGGCUACUUCUCUAUCUUUGGGCAACGGAGGCCUUGUUGUAGUAGAAAGCAGUCAGGGUUGUUAUGGUGAAGGUUUUCUGAGUUGGACUCCUAGAUGUAAUGAGGUCACACCCAAGUGCUCUUUCCUAGGGUUUGGGGUGACAUAAGCUCUCAUUGGUUGGAAGACGUCUCUCGCCAUCUUCCCUGAUCCUGUCCCCUGUUUCCUUUCCAUUUCCUAAGAGGGCACGACUAAAGAGCAGAGUCUCCAGUGUCCUGGAUUUGUCCCUUUUAUCCAUGUAUGUCUUAAAAUGGAAAUCGAACUUGGACACUUCUUGGAAAUUGACCCAAAAAACAAUGACAAACCCAGCUCAGAGCAUAUCUGUGGUUGUUUUUAAAUCCCUCUUGCAACCCCAGUCCACCCAGUCUGGCCGUCACUGUUGAGUGCCCACUGCGCCCUGCUCUGACCCAUAGUCCUGAGAGACGAUUAUUCUCUGGUACCAACGCUGGUGGCAUUCCUGUCUUUUCCCUCCUUCCUCAGGUUCUGAAACCACACUUUCUCGCUGUUAAUUUAUUGUACGAGGACCGUUUAUUGCUGAAGAUUGUUAACCAAAUCUCUUAAAGCAGAAAAGCACCAGUUUGUUGAAGAUGUCUUUUUGGGGUGUCUUUUCCUCCGUGAUAGAGGUCCCCUUAGGAUUUUUUUUAAAUUUGGGGGUGAUCACGUUCUCGAAUGGAGCUGAGCGGAACUAUCCUAGCUGUUAAAGAAUAUUCAUGUGAAAUAUUUUCCUGGUCUUUCAGAUGCUCUGUAAAUCUCUUCCCUGUCCUCUCUUUUGUACAUUUAAUGUACAGAUUUCUGCCUUGUGUGAUUUGUAAAUUUCUCUGGUCUAAGAUACAAGCAAUGAAAGAUUCCGGCGGCGGUGAUGAAAGCUAGACUAUAAAAUAAAGCAUUGGUUGUAUGUUGGUAA